GAGUGUUGAUAGUCAAAGGCGGCAAACACUCUAUCUUGAUUGGCAGAUAAUUCAUGUUCCGCUUUCGGUUAUGUUUCUUGGAAUUCGUGAUUAUAAUUCAGAUGUGCUCUUUUAAUUUUUGACUUUAAAUAAGUUGUUAUCAUUUUUAUUAUGGAGAAUUUUGGGGGAAAAGAUGUACCACGUGGUCAAAGUGUUGAAAAAGAAAUUUAUGAAACAUCUUCGAAGUUAGACAAAAAUAAACGAUUAUUAAAAAUCGUAGAUGUUACGAAAUUGCCCGACAGAGGUAUGCGACUGAAAAAGGAAAUAGAUGAAUUAGAAGAGUUGUUAAAAAUUUUAAACCUUAAAGUAGAAUCUUUGGAAAAUGACGAAAGCUCCGUGCCUUUGGAGAAGAAUCAAAAUUCCUCAUCUUGUGAUGAAAAUAAUCAUAAAUCUAAUAAUAAUAAUGUUGCUUUUUCUAGAAGGGAUCAUGUUGAAGACUGUAUAGAUGUUAAAAAAGAAAAUAAAUCAUCAAAAUAUACUUCUUCCUUGACUACCAAAUCAAGUAAGCAAUCUACAGCUUCAGAUAAAAAGAAAAUAGAUGCUAAAUUAGUGGAAGAAAGCUGCCAGAAUGAAGCUGCUGAAUUUUCAAAGAAUUGUGUUCGUACUUCUUCCUGUCAGAAGAAAAAUUAUGAAUCUUCAUCAAAUUGUAGCUCAGAAGCAAUUUCUAAGAACAGCAAGCAAAUUAUUACUAUAGAUAAUAAAAGAUCUGCUGAUGGUAAGGAUUUUGUGAAAUCUUCUAAUAGUAAGGAUUUUGUGAAAUCUUCUAAUAGUAAGGAUUUUGUGAAAUCUUCUAAUGAUAAGGAUUGUGUAAAAUCUUCCAAUAGUAAGGAAUGUGUGAAAUCUGUUGCUGAGACAAAUAGCCACAUUAAAAAUAGCCACAUUAGUUCUUCAGUAGAUUUUAUGUGUGCCACUUCUAGUGAGAAGGAAAAUCAGAAUUCAUGUGAACCCAAUUUUGGUGCUGUCCCAAAAUUGAGCAAACAGACAGCUGUGAUACAAAUUAAAACUGAUACAAAACCAGCAUUCACACAUCGUUUUGAAACUGAACUUGCCUCUUUUGAUCAAUUGAGUAAAGGUGCACCCAAAUUGGAAGGCACAUUAAAAGAUUUAGUUGAUUCUCCUUCUUUUAAAAAUUGGAGAUCGACAAAUCAAAUAUCAGGAAUUAAACUAACAGAAGCUAAACCAUUGUUUGAGUCAUUUCCUGUUUAUAAAUGUAAAAGUAAGUACACAGCAAAUGUUGCUGGCACAUUAGCAACUGAAGAAACUGUUAAAAAACUUCAUAAUUCACUAUGCACAUAUCCUGAUGAUGCUACAGAAGUACCACCACCUAAAUCUCUUGAAACUGCUUUACUAAAACAUCAAAUCAAAGGGUUGUCUUGGCUGAUUUGGCGAGAAACUCAACAGCCAAGUGGUGGUAUACUUGCUGAUGAUAUGGGUCUUGGUAAAACACUUACUAUGAUAUCUUUGAUAUUAAAGCAGAAAGAAGAAAAUAAUUAUCUUUCUGAAAACUCGGAUGAUUCCACAUGUGGAACACUUAUUGUUUGCUUAGCUUCCAUUGUCCAUCAGUGGAAAGAUGAGAUCACAAAACAUUGUGAAGAUGAUGCUUUAUCCAUACUUCUUUAUCAUGGUCCAAAGAGAGACAGGGAUAUAGAUGAAAUGAAAAAGUAUGAUAUUGUUUUAACUACUUAUAACAUUCUACUUUCGGAAAGAAAAUCUCUUAUGAAAGAAAGAAAACCAACUGGUCUUUUCCUACUUAAAUGGGAAAGAGUGAUUUUAGAUGAAGCGCAUACCAUUAAGAAUUAUAAAUCUCAAACAGCAGAGGCAGUAUUCAGUCUGAGGAGCUGUCGAAGGUGGUGUGUAACCGGCACUCCCAUACAUAAUGAGUUUAAAGACAUGUACUCAUUAGUUAAGUUCUUGCAGUUUUCACCAUUUGAUGAUGAAAAGAAAUGGAAAAAGUUGAUUAAUGAUGAAACAGCAUCAAGUGACAAGAGAAGAAAUUUGUUAGUGAAAAGUAUUUUACUCAGAAGAACUAAAGAAGAUAAUGAUAGGGCUGGUAGGCCUUUGAUUAAAAUGGUUAAAAAAACUAUUAAUGUUUGUUCCAUUGAAUUAUCAGAAGCAGAGCAGAUAGUGUAUGAUAAGCUUGAUUCAAAAAUCAAAGACAUCUUGAGUAAGAUCUUCCAUAAGCCAACUAAGAGCUUGAAUACCUCUAAUACAUUGUUAGUUUUAUUACUUCGCUUGCAGCAGUGCUGCUGUCACAUAAGCCUUUUAGGCAAAGAAGCAGAUGAUGAUGAAACUAUUUCUAAUGACUCAAUGCAAGAACUUUCUUUAAAUUUAUCAUCUCUAGACAUUAAAGACAGAUCUGAUGUUUCGAGAAGUAGUAGUAGUGGAGAAUCAAGUUUAGACCUGAGUUUCAGUGAGUACUUGAAUACUGAUUUGUGUGAUCCUCAUGUUAAAAGCACAAAAUUACAAAAAUUAUAUGAGAUGAUAAAUGAAAUUGCCAAAAAAUCUAAUAACAAGGACAAAUGUGUGAUUGUGUCUCAGUGGGUGUCAUUGUUAGAUAUAGUUGCUUCUCAUUUGCAAAAAAUUGGAAUGGAAUACCACAUGAUUGCUGGAAGUACCAAAGCUGAAGAUCGUCAGAAGAUGUCUGAAGAUUUCAAUUAUAAUGAUGAUGGCUGUAAAAUUAUGCUAUUAUCUUUGAAGGCUGGUGGGGUUGGAUUGAAUCUGGUUGGUGGUAAUCAUAUGUUCCUUUUAGAUUUACAUUGGAAUCCUGCCCUUGAAAAGCAGGCUUGCGACAGAAUUCAUCGAGUUGGGCAGACAAAAGAUGUAUCUAUCUAUAAAUUUGUUUGCAAAAAUACAAUCGAACAAAGAAUCUUUGAAUUGCAGUGCCGAAAGAGUGAGUUGGCAGAUGAUAUUUUGCAUGGUGCUGGGAAAAUAUCAAAAGGUUUAUCGAUGGAGGAUUUCAAAUCUUUGUUUAAUGUUAGAUUAUAAAAUUUUACUGUUUUUUUAAUGAUCAAUGAUUUUAUGAACAAGUGAACUUUUUUUAAGACUUCAAACAUUUUAUUCACAAGAAUAUUUUAUUGCCUAGGAGACUUCAUCUUAUUUUUUAAAUCUUUUUUUAUAAAGAAUAGAGAACAGAAUUGAUGAAAAAUGUUGAGUUUCUAAGUAAUGCCUUGACUUUCAAAAAAGAAAAAAGUGUUAAAUAUAAAUAUUGUGUUUAGUGUUAAUUUUGAUUUUUAUAAUAUUCACGUUUGGCAUUUGUACACAUCUUAACCUGUUAAUG